AUGUCCUUGCAAGAUCAAAUUGAAUCCAAAAGACAGGAACUAAAUGCACUCCGUAAAAUUAAUAUACUCACAGAAACGAUGAAAAAGCAGCUAGAGCUGCUGGCAGUGCAAGUUGAGCAUAUGCAUGGUAAUGCGGAGAGCGUAUCGCAAGUGAUGAAGAACUGGGACUCUAUUGUCAGGUCAAUAUCUCAGGCCAGUUUGAGUUUACUACAAUAUGCUGAAGGUGAUUAUGAAGUAGGAGUAUGGAAUAAUACCAACUCUUCUGAUACUCUUGAAAAAGAUCCUCCCUUGCCGGAAACACUAGUUAGGGUCAGAGUUGAUGACGAAAAGGAACUCUAA